UUUUCUCUCCUCUUUUUAUCAAGAGACUAAAAAGACGCGAGAGAUAAUAAAAUACUGACUGAGAGCAGGCAUAGUGGAGGAAGAAUAUCAUACGUUUCUCACUGGGGUUUGGAGAUUGUUGAUCGAAAUCUAAGGUUAUGGGGAAAGGCAAAGAGGCAGCUGGGAAAGGCAAAGAGGCAGGUGGGAAAGGUAAGGGAAAGGCAGCCAGCGGUGGAGGAGACGAGCCUGCUGCAAAGGGUAAAGGAAAAUCUGGAAAAGCUGCAGAUGGGCUUGGUACCUGCACAUACGUCAAAGCAAGGCAUAUCCUAUGCGAGAAGCAAGGUAAGAUCAAUGAAGCUUACAAGAAGCUAGACGAAGGUUGGUUAAGCAAUGGAGAUAAAGUUCCUCCAGCUGAGUUUGCAAAGGUUGCUGCUGAAUAUUCAGAGUGCCCAUCAGCUAAGAAAGGAGGGGACCUUGGGUGGUUUCCUAGAGGAAAAAUGGCUGGACCAUUUCAGGAAGUUGCUUUCAACACUGUAGUUGGAGCAACCAGUGCACCAUUCAAAUCAACGCAUGGGUACCACAUUAUCUUGUCAGAGGGGAGGAAGAAUUGAUUGGAACCGGCAAAGAUUCAUUCCAAUUUACCCUUCUUAUAUAUAGAUUAAGAAACAUAGUAAACAUGGGCUUGUUUCAGUGGUUUAUGAGGGCACCUGGGCCUAUUACUUAAAAGCAUAAUGUUAUGAAAUAUUAACAGUUGCAUUCAAGGUUCUCCUUUAAUUUGAAAAUCUAUUGGGAAAUGCGGUUCUUUGU